GAUUCCUCAGAAUAUGGUCCUACUUAUGUCAUACUUCAGAGAGCAACAGUUCAAUACUGGAAACUCUGCCGUUCCAAGACUAGCAUACUCUUCCAUACCCAGCGCCAUUCUUGCGAAUGAACCAUCUGUACGUGAAAGGACCGAUCAAUGGAAAUUUAUGUUAAAUCGCUACAAUCAACCGUAAUGACUACUGCACAAAGAAGUAGAAAUAUCUCUUAAUAUUAGUCUCCCCUCUAUGGGAGUAUCCAACUCUCACCACACAAAUUCCCAUUAAAAUACUUUCAAG